UCUCACUCCACAACACAUUCCAAUUCAUCUCUUCCAACACAUAACAACAACAGAGUCUCAUCCACUCACCACUCACCACCUUCAAACAAUGGAAAUCCAAAAAAGCCCAAGCCCAAGCCCACAGUUGGCGGCGGCGAGGAAGCUCUGGAACGUAGUACGGAUCGUGUUCUUGAUGUUGAGAAAAGGCAUAGCGAAGAGUAAACACGCCAUUGACUUCAACUUCAACGGCGGCAAACUCGCCGCCGCCAAAGCCAUCCUCCACCUCCAGCGCCACCACCACGACGCCGUUUACCCCCACCGCGACUACGAGUUCAGCUGCAGCAACAGCCCCGCCGUCACCUUCCCCUUCCACGUCACGAAACGCGGCAAACACCGAACCCGCUUCCCCCAGUACGGCGACGCUUCGAGCGUUCAGAAAGUGCUGGAGAUUCUGAACAGCAAUAACCAGAUGGAGGGUUCUCCUCUGGUGAAGAGUCCGAUCGGGAAGAAAGUGAGAAUCACGGACUCUCCCUUCCCUCUGAAGGAGGAUGACGAGGACAACCAGGUUGACGUGGCGGCUGAGGAGUUCAUCAAGAGGUUUUACAAAGACCUCAACUUGCAGCAGAAAAUGGCUGCCAUUGAAUCACCCUACCAUUCUAACUUCUGGGGCAGAUGAUAACCGUUACUCUUUCCUACUCUCAAACCACAUCGUAUAGUUCGGAAGUACUAUGUAUCCAUCUUCAUCUUUCUCUCUGUCAUAUACAUAUUCAUGUUGUUUACAUAAAUACGAGUUUAAUGGAUAUAUAAUAUACUGGUUUUGUAAAAUA